AUGUGGCCUUCUCAACUUCUGUGCCUUGCGCUGCAAGCCACAGGCGUCUUAUCGCGCCCAGCUGAGUCUCACCAAGAUGAACACCCAUCGCCCCAAGGCCAAGGCAGAGGAAUCUGGAAAUCCGCCUACACCAAAGCCGAAGCUUUCGUCGCCCAAUUGACCCUUGAAGAGAAGGCCAAUGUGACACGCGGUUUCACAGCAGACAACACCUGCGCCGGAAACACAGGCACGAUACCGCGUCUAGGAUGGCCGGGCUUAUGUCUUAUGGAUGCAGGCAAUGGAGUCAGAGCGACAGAUUUUGUCAACUCUUAUCCUUCUGCGCUGCAUGUUGGUGCAUCUUGGGAUAAGAAUUUGACCUACCAAAGAGGUUAUUAUAUGGGGAAGGAGUUUAAGGCCAAAGGUGUUAAUGUGCUGCUCGGGCCGAAUGUUGGACCUUUGGGACGAACGCCGCUGGGAGGACGGAAUUGGGAGGGCUUUUCGGUUGAUCCUUAUUUGACUGGAAAGUUGAGUGCUGAGUCGAUUGUUGGACACCAAGAAGCUGGAGUCAUCGCGAACGUCAAACACUUCAUCGCAAAUGAACAAGAAACAUACCGUCGUCCCUACCACGGUAUCGAAGCAGUAUCAUCCAACAUCGACGACAAGACCCUCCACGAGUACUAUCUCUGGCCCUUCGUAGACUCCGUCAAAGCAGGCGUUGCAUCAGUCAUGUGCGCAUACAACCGCGUCAACGGAACAUAUGCUUGCGAGAACAGUCACUUGAUGAACGGCAUUCUAAAGUCUGAGCUUGAAUUUGACGGUGCGGGUCUUGAUAUGGUUAUGCCCAUGGGGGGAAACUGGGGUGAGAAUUUGACGAUGGCUGUUGGGAAUGGGAGUGUUAAGGAGGAGAGGGUUACUGAUAUGGCCACUAGAAUCCUUGCUGCUUGGUAUCUCGUUGGUCAAGACAACGACUUCCCAACUCCAGGAAUUGGCAUGAAGAACCUCUCCCUUCCCCACGAACAAAUCGAAGCUCGCAUUCCUGAAUCACGACCCAUCCUCCUCGAAGGCGCCAUUGCAGGCCACGUUCUCGUCAAAAACGAAAACAAAACCCUCCCUUUCAAGAAAAACCCCAAGAUGAUCUCCGUCUUUGGCUAUGACGCAACUGUUGCACCGACCAAGAACACUGAUAAGCUAUUCGAGCUGGGAUAUACUUCUUCGCAAGAGAUGGGUCAGGCGGUUCUUGGUGAUGAACAUCAUUUUGAUCAAGCUGCUAGGGGAGGAACUAUUGUUUCUGGUGGAAGGGCUGCUGCUAACUCACCUCCCUACAUCAGCGAUCCUUUAAGUGCUAUUCAGCAAAGAGCUGCCAAAGACGGCAGCUGGGUAAACUGGGAUCUCACCUCCCCGAACCCCUCCAUCAACGGCGCAAGCGACGUCUGUCUAGUCUUCAUCAACGCUAUGGCAACAGAAGGCUGGGACCGCGACGGUCUCCACGACGACUUCAGCGACGCCCUAAUCCUCAACGUAGCACGCCAGUGCAGCAACACCAUCGUCGCCAUCCACGCCGCCGGAAUUCGCCUGGUCGACCAAUGGAUCGAACAUCCCAACAUCACAGCAACUAUCAUCGCACAUCUCCCCGGCCAAGAUAGCGGUGAGGCCCUCGUCAAGCUUUUAUAUGGCGAAGCGGACUUUUCGGGAAAGUUGCCGUAUACUAUUGCGAAGAACGAGAGCGAUUAUAAUGUGUAUGAACCUUGUGGUGUGGAGGAGGGUGGGACGGAUCCGCAGUGUGAUUUUGAGGAGGGUGUUUAUCUUGAUUACCGAUCUUUUGAUGAGAGGGGUGUUGAGCCGAGGUUUGAGUUUGGGUAUGGGUUGAGUUAUACUCAGUUUGAGUAUUCUUUUCUUUCUGUCAAGAUGGAGCAGACUGCUGAAGCCGAGGCUGACCUUUGGGAUACUUAUGCUACUGCUCAAGCAACGGUGUCUAACGUUGGUGAGAGAAGUGGUGAAGAGGUUGUGCAGCUUUAUGUUGCUAUUCCCAACAGUCCACCUAAGCAACUCCGAGGUUUCGAGAAGGUGAAGCUUGAUAAGGGCGACUCUGUCGAGGUUCCCUUUGAGAUUACAAGACGAGAUCUCAGCGUCUGGGAUGUGGUUAAGCAAGAUUGGGUUCUCCAAUCCGGCAACUACACAAUCCUUGUCGGCGCAAGCAGCCGUGAUCUCCCACUGAAGGAAUCCUUCAAGAUCGAAUAA